AUGGGACGAAGCUGCCUCUCAUCUCCAUUCCCCUCUGGCCAGCGCAGAAACAGCAGCACCACAAAUGUGCCCUUGGACCCAGAGGAGCAGCUGGGGGUCCGCCUGGUGAACGGGAGCAGUCGCUGCAGCGGGUCCGUGGAAGUUCUCCUGGGGGCAUCCUGGGAGCCCGUGUGCGUGGUGCACGGGGACAGGCUCACUACAGAGGCUGUGUGCGAAGCGCUGGGCUGUGGCACUCUGGAGAAGGUUACCUACCUGAUGCCACCGACCUCGGAGCUGCCAGCCGGGGCCACCUCGGGGAACAUCAGCAGCGCCGGGAAUACCACAUGGGCGACCGCACCCACCGUGCAGUGCAGCGGAGCCAAUUGGCAGCUCUGCCAGGUGACGGAUCGUGAAUGCAGCAGCGACAAGAGGCUGGUGUGGGUCACCUGUGCAGAGAACCAGGCUGUGCGGUUAGUGGAUGGUGGCAGCCGCUGUGCUGGCCGCGUGGAGAUGCUGGAGCACGGUGAAUGGGGAACAGUGUGCGAUGACACAUGGGACCUGAAGGAUGCGCACGUGGUCUGUAAGCAACUGAGGUGCGGCUGGGCAGUGCAGGCGCUGGCCGGCUUGCACUUCACCCCAGGCCAAGGACCCAUCCACCGAGACCAGGUGAACUGCUCAGGAACCGAGACCUACCUGUGGGACUGUCCGGGGCUGCCUGGAGACCAGUACUGCGGUCACAAGGAGGACGCAGGAGUGAUAUGCUCAGAGCACCAGUCCUGGCGCCUGACUGGAGGUGUUGACUCCUGCGAAGGGCAGGUGGAGGUGCAGUUCCGAGGGGUCUGGAGCACCGUGUGUGACAGCGAGUGGUACCCUUCUGAGGCCAAAGUGCUCUGCCGGUCCUUGGGUUGUGGAUCAGAGGUGGAUCGGCCCAGGGGGCUGCCACAUUCCCUGGCAGGUAGAAUGUACUACUCCUGUGAAGGAGAGGAACUCACCCUCAGCAGCUGUUCCUGGCGGUUCAACAACUCCUACUUGUGCAGACAGUCCCUGGCAGCCAGAGUCAUCUGCUCAGGCUCCCGAAGACACAACUUGUCCACUUCUGAAGUGCCUUCCAGAAUUCCGGUCACAACAGAAUCUUCUGUGCCAGUAAGCGUGAAGGACAGGGAGUCUCGAGACCCGACAUUUCUCAUUCUCUGUAUUGUCCUGGGAAGUCUCCUCCUUGUCUCCCUCAUCUUCAUAGCUGUUCUUCUCUUGAGAGCAAAAGGACAAUACGCCCUCCCUGUUUCGGCGAAUCAUCAGCACCUGCCCACUGCCACCCAAGCAGGAACCAAUAACUACCAUGCUGUCCCCAUCACCAUUCCCAAAGAAGCUCCUACGCUGUUCAUCCAGCCCCGGGUCCCUGAGGACUCAGAUUCCAGUUCCGACUCUGACUAUGAGCAUUAUGACUUCAGCUCCCAGCCGCCUGUGGCCCUGACCACCUUCUACAAUUCCCAGAGACAUCGGGUCACAGAGGAGGAGGCCCAGCAGAACAGGUUUCGGAUGCCACCCUUGGAGGAAGGACUUGAAGAGUUGCAUGUUUCCCACAUCCCAGCCGCUGACCCCAGACCCUGUGUGACGGAUGUUCCCGCUCUGGGCUCUCAGUACCACAUGAGGAGCAACAGUGUCAGCACCUCCUCUGGGGAGGGUUACUGCAACAAUCCCAGCAGCAAGCCACCUCCAUGGAACUCCCAGGUGUUUUCUUCCGAGAGGAGUCCCCCUGCAGAGCAGCCCCCCAACUUGGAACUGGCUGGGUCCCAGGCAAUGUUUUCAGGGACCACAGAUGGUGACAGUUCCAGCACCUCAUCUGGAGAGUGGUACCAAAACUUCCAGCCACCAGCCCACCAUCCUCCAGCGGAGCAGUUUGAAUGUCUAGGCCCCCCUGAUCCCCAACCAGACUCCACUGAUGAAGAGGAGGACUAUGAUGACAUUGGAGCAGCCUAGCCUGGGUCCUCGAGGCUUAGGAGUGGCCCCUCCCUCCACUCUCCUGCUCUACCACCCAUCAACUUCCAAGAGGCUGAGGCCCCGAGCAGAGGUGGAAGGGCAUUCUCCCAGCCCCUCAUCCUCUGCCCAUCCAUCAACCUGUAGGAACCUGGAGCAGAAGGCAUGACCAAUGGUGUGAGCACGGACUGAGUCCUGGGUUGAGCAAGCAGGGUCUGGCCACUUGCAGCAGUGGUGG